GCCAAAAGAUAAAAUAACAAUUCAUUCAUUAUCUUCGUACUUCGCAUUCAUGAACUCUUCUGUUUUCCUUCCAAGGUCACCGAAAUAAAUAUACCGUCUGAAAAUCAGUCGAACGAAUUCUUCCGUGAAAUUUCAAAAUGGAAGACAAUAAGCCAAAAUGUAUUUUAUUCAAAAUAGUUACAUCCGUAUUAGGUAUUUUAUCAGGCGCUUCUAUUUUAAUUACAUUUUUAGCGUAUAAAAAUUAUCAUGCUGCUGUUUGGGGGCUUUUAUCAGCUAUUUUUGCAGCAAUGAAUGCGAGACUUCAUAUAAGUUACAGAAGAAAUACUUUACAUCGAAAUCAAACACCUGAGUCACUAAAAAAUGUAACAAUUUUCGGCGGAAUUACAACUAUUGUAGCUAUUGUAGCAGCAAUUACUUAUUUCUCUUUAGUAGCAGUUUUUAAAGAAGGUUAUAAACUGGACGGUUAUAUGCCAGCUGGAAUCUUUGCAACUCUGACACUCAAGUUCACAAUCGGGCUGAUUUUUGCAGGAAAAACGUAUGGAAAUUAUCUUAAGAAUUAUAAUGCUUUAUAGCUCCUAAAACAUAAAGUUGUAUAAAAGUCAAAAUAAAAUGUUUUAAGUAAAUCAA